AUGAAUUAUCCAUCCAAAUCCAUCCUUAUCCUCCUCAUCUUCCACUCCAUUUUCUUAGGGUUCGAGAUUCGACAAUCCCGAGCUUGCCACCCUACGGAUAGAGAGGCGCUACUCGAAAUCAAGAAAAAAAUCACUUCCGAUCCAUCGGAAUUGCUUGGCUCUUGGAUUCCAAGCAAAGAUUGUUGCACUACAUGGAAGGGAAUCAAGUGCGACUCUUCAACGGGUCGAGUCAUCGCUUUGACUUGUCUCGGAUCUUUUUACGACGAAGCUAAUGUGCUCACAAACACGACAGUGUCCGGAACAUUGUCCCCGUUUCUUGGAAAUCUCUCUUCCCUUCAAUCUCUCACCCUGUCCGAUCUGAAAAACUUAACGGGGCCCAUCCCGUCCGAAUUAGGAAAGCUUACUGACUUGCGCCAAAUGUUUCUCGAUAGAAACAGUCUCGAAGGAUCAAUUCCGAGCACUAUUGAGAGCACGAGUCUACUAGAAGCCCUAGUUCUUAGCCAUAACCAUCUCGUGGGCCCCAUCCCCCUCAAUCUUUUCAAUAAAAAGACAUCACUAACAUACUUGGAUUUCAGCAACAACGAAUUCAGCGGAAGCGUGCCAGAGUCCAUAGGAAACCUAUCCAAUCUCAAGUACUUGUUUCUCACAAACAAUCACCUCAGCGGAAGCAUCCCACCGUCCAUCGGAAACAUAGAGCCCCUCACUUCCAUCGAGCUAUCCAACAACAACCUUUCCGGCCCGAUCCCGGACUCUAUCGGCAACCUUCGACUAGCUCAAACCCUGAAUCUCGAAAACAACGAUCUUAACGGCAACAUCCCCACGAGCAUUGGCAACAUGAUCAGUCUCAACAACAUAUACCUCGCUGGCAACUCCCUCACAGGGAAUAUUCCGGAGGGAAUCUUGAAUAUUAAAAGUCUCGUCGAGUUUAAUAUUUCGUGGAAUCAGUUGAGUGGGAAAAUUCCGCAGCAUAAAUUCGAUUUUCCGGCGUCGGGGUUUGUUGGGAAUCCUGGUUUAUGUGGAGCUCCACUUGCUCCAUGUAAGAACUAA